ACAGCAGGUCGCAUUGCGCUGUUUGAGUUAUAUACUUUAUGAUGGGUAUGUUGGUGAGGAAAAACCGCCACACACACACAACCACUAUCUUCUCUGUUAUUUAACUAUUUUGAUCCGACUUUUUUGGACCAUUCCGUCGGUCCUGACCGCCUACCGACGAGACACCCUCUCUAACUGACGUCACAGGAUCCGUUCCAACACGGAAACCGUAAUGGAGGGGGCUCGUCGUUAGUCGGUAUUGUUGUGAUGGUCUCCGAUCUCUCAUCUACUUCUAUCCACAACCUGUUACACAGGUUAAAUAAAACGCGUCAAUCUGAAAGAAGACUUAGAAAAAAAAUGUUCAACAAACGAAGCCCUGUCGCUGUGUGACCAAAAUGGAGAAAGUUGACAGAUAAUUCGACCUCUGUAAGUUUAACACGUUUCUUUCCGUUGAUCGAGAUUCCCGUUUGUAGAUCUACAACCAUGAAGUUAGCACGCUGUCUCCUGCUGCUGUUGCUGCUGUCUUGGACCGACUUACAGGUGAAGUCAGUGAGUGUAACUCUACCAGAGUCUCUAUUGUUUGUGUCUACUCUGGAUGGGAGUCUACAUGCUGUCUCCAAGCAGUCUGGAGACAUCAAAUGGACCCUCAAAGAAGAUCCCAUCAUCCAGGUGCCUGUCUACCUUACUGAGCCAGGGUUUCUCCCUGACCCCAACGAUGGCAGUCUCUACGUCCUGGGAGGAAAACACAAGGAAGGACUGAUGAAACUGCCCUUCACCAUCCCAGAGCUGGUCCAGUCUGCUCCCUGUAGGAGUUCUGAUGGAGUCCUUUACACUGGUAAGAAGCAGGAUGUAUGGUUCGUGGUGGACCCCCAGACAGGAGAGAAACAGACCAGCCUCUCCACAUCAUCAUCUGACUCCAUUUGCCCCAAUGCACCACUGCUAUACAUAGGACGAACAGAGUACAUGAUAACGAUGUAUGAUACGAAGACACAGGAGCUGAGGUGGAACGCAACAUACAACGACUACUCUGCCCCGCCGUACGAUGAGAAACACGACUACAAGAUGGCCCAUCUCGUCUCCAGUGGUGAUGGGUUGGUGGUGACCGUAGACAGAGAGUCAGGUGACGUCCUGUGGAUGCAAAACUAUGGGUCACCUGUGGUGGGGGUGUAUCUGUACAGCCAGGACUCUCUGAGACACGCCCCUCACCUGUCAGUUGCCAUGGAGACGCUGCGUUACCUCACCUUCUCGUCCCACGACACACACACCAUGAAGUGGAGCUACCAGUUUGUCACGGAGCAGGCCAGCACACACACACAGCUGGUGCCCACUCUGUAUGUGGGGAAGCUGGAUUCUCACCUGUACGCCUCCACCUCCCUGGUUCACGACGGAGUCUCUCUAGUGCCGCGGGGCUUGACACUGGCGCGUAUCGAGGGACCGGAGACCGAGGAGGUGACGGUUAGAGAGGAGGGAGAGUGUGAGAUCAUCCCGUCUACCGACGUACGAUACCCGCCAGGCUCCACCAACACACUGAACAACCAGUGGCUCCUCAUAGGACACCAUGAGUUACCCCCGGUUGCCCACACCACCAUGUUGAGAGACUUCCCGGUAAACCUGCAGCGUUCCGGUGAUGCCGUUAUCCCGACCCGGUCUCAGAACAACCGCUAUACAGACCAUCCUUUCCAGUCAGUAGGUCAUGGUGGUGGAGGGGGUCGUGGUUCGGGUCCUAGCGGCAGCAGAAGGACCCAAGCAGGAUCAAGAUCAGGGUUGUCCUCUAUCCUGCCCGACUAUAUAUACCAGGACCCUGUUACCGUGGUGAUCCUGUCUCUACUGCUGGGAGGAUGGCUUGCCUUCGCUCUGACUUAUCCACAGCAGCAGAAGGACCAGAGGCAGCAGUUGGACGAAGCUCUGGAAUCCCGCCUCCAACACCUGCUAGACACGCCCUCUUCUGCAGACACACCCCUUUCUCCACCAGACACACCCCUUUCCCCAGGAACCCCCCUUCCUUCUGGAGCCCAGCCCCAGUCUGCAGACUCACAGCCGUCCUCUGUGGACCCUCCUCUCUCUGGCUCGCCCGGUAACAGUAGUGACGCUGUAGCCAGGAACAGAUCUGCUGUAACACGACACACACACGAUGGAGGGAUAGAGGAGGUGGAGGUAGGGAAGAUCUCCUUCUGUCCAUCAGAGAUUCUGGGACAUGGAACAGAAGGAACCUUCGUCUUCCGGGGCCGUUUUGACGGCCGUCGCGUGGCGGUGAAGCGGAUCCUUCCAGAGUGUUUUGACGUUGCGGAGCGAGAGGUCCAACUGCUCCGGGAAUCGGACGAACAUCCAAACGUCAUCAGAUACUACUGCACCGAGAGAGACAAACUGUUCACCUACAUCGCUAUAGAACUGUGUGCUGCUACGCUACAACAGUAUGUGGAAGAUCCGUCGUGCCACGCUGGUCUCAGCCCUGUCACUGUACUACAACAGACCAUGUGUGGUCUCAGCCACCUCCACUCACUAAACAUAGUCCACAGGGAUCUGAAGCCUCGUAACAUCCUGUUGUCUCAGCCAGGGCCCCUGGGGCGGGUGAGAGCGCUGAUAUCAGACUUCGGCCUGUGUAAAAAGAUCCCUGAGGGAAGGACUAGUUUCUCUCUCCGCUCGGGGAUACCGGGGACAGAGGGGUGGAUCGCCCCAGAAGUACUGCUGGACACACCGGGACACAACCCGACCCGUUGUGACCAGGCGGUGGAUGUGUUCUCGGCAGGCUGUGUGUUCUACUACGUGGUCAGUAGGGGGCAGCACCCGUUUGGUGACACGCUACGACGCCAAGCUAACAUCCUGACCGGGGAGUACUUCCUCACACACUUCCUGGAAGACGUGCAUGAUGACGUCAUAGCGCGGGACCUGAUAGAGCGAAUGAUCAACAGCGAUCCAGAGUCCCGCCCGUCCACUUCCUCUAUUCUUAAACACCCGUUCUUCUGGAGCCCUGAUAAGCAACUUCAGUUCUUCCAGGAUGUGAGUGACCGUAUAGAGAAGGAACCUACAGACAGCACCAUGGUGGUGAGGCUGGAGACGGCUGGCAGAGCUGUAGUACGAACCAACUGGAGAAUGCACAUCUCUGUUCCUCUGCAGACAGACCUGAGGAAGUUCAGGACGUAUAAAGGAAACUCAGUCAGAGACCUGCUCCGAGCCAUGAGAAAUAAGAAGCACCACUACCACGAGUUGCCAGCGGAGGUCCAGGAGACGUUAGGGGAGGUGCCUGAAGGCUUCGUUAGUUACUUCACCUCCCGGUUCCCGCGGUUACUGCUACACACACACACCGCGCUCAGCAGCUGUUCACACGAGAGACUUUUCCAACCCUACUACCUGCCCCCCACUGUUAACUAACACACACACACACAGGAAAGGUCGCUGGUUCAAAUCCCCCAGCCGACUAAAGUGAAAAUCUGACAAUG